AUGGAGCCGCCGCCGAGCAGGGGCCGCCGGCAGGCGCCGGGCAGGGGCCGGGCAGCCUCGGGGACCGCCGAGCCUAGCGGCCGGCGCAAGGUGAGGAGGGCGCGGGCGUCCGCGGAGCAGGUGGCCAGCCGGCGUGGGCGGACCGGCCCGGGAGCCUUCGCCGAGCCAGUGGCCGGGCUGCCGGCGGCGGCGCUCGGGGCCCGCGGAGCGCAGGCGGCGAAGGCGUCGCGUCCUGGCCAGGGGCAGCGCUCCCCGGCCCGCCCGGCGGCGGCGGAGGUACUGGGCGCCGGCAUGGCGCUUCCUCGGGAAGCGGGCGCCCUCUCCCCCCGCCUCGGAAAUGGCCCCCCUCUGGGAAAUGGGCGCAGUCGUGGGGUGAGGAGGAGCGCCCGGGGGCGACGGGGAGGCUGGCGGGGCGCCGGGACCCUGGGCUCGGGGCUGGCGGGGGCUCCAGCCACAUUUGCGCGCUCUGCGGGCGCGCUCUGCGUGCACGCGCUGCUGUGCUUGCGCGCCCGCACGGAGCGGGGGGAGCGGGCACGCGAGCGAGAGGGCGACCGAAGGGGCCCCCUCCAGCUGCAGAUUCUGACAGAUCGCAAUUUGCCCUUGCGCGUUAGCGAGCAGAGACCGAAGGGGAGUCCCCAGAGCCCCCUCUGCAGAGAGAGAACCCCCAGCCCCAGGGUUCCAUGGCUGUUGGGAGCAGGCGAGGCAGGCAGCCCCCGGCGACCGGGAGAGGCUGGGCGUGGCAGCAUGGACAGCGACCCCUCGGAAGAAGGCCCCGAAACCCGCCAGAUGGGAUGGAUUCGGGUGGAACCGAGCCACCGCAGCAACCCGGAUCAAGGCCCGCCCUCCCCCAUCGCGCCUCAGCCCGUGUCUCCUCGGAGCAGCCUCACAGGCCUGGUGUCUCCGGGGCUGUUCUCUCCUGUCGCCAGCCAGUUCAGCGUGGAUGGGCCGGUCCGGUACCAGCCCGAGGGGCCCAGCAACGCCGCAGGUGCCGGAGGGAGCACACCAACUGGGACGUGGCCUGACUCCCUCUUGGACCCCUUCCAGGUUCGGCUGCAGCCUGACGAGUCUCGCCAUACAAGCACUGAGGAGCGGACAGCUGCCCGGCAAAAGCUCUCGCUGGAGAUCAGCAGGGUGCAGCCGGAGGGCUCUGGCGGGGCCCAGGGGUUUGGCACCCCGACGUUGCAUUCCCCAGUCGAACUGAGGCCGCUGUCCCCGGCCUCCGGCACGCCCUCCUCCCUGCACAGCAUGUCUCCCUCGGUGAAACUCAGCCAGUCACCCAGGGGCAGCUUGCUCCCGGACCUGUGCGCCUUGGACCCGCUGACAUCGGGCAUCCUGGCCGCAGUGGAGCUGAAGGACACGCUCCCAAAGGCGGAAUCCAGCGACCACAUCUGCCUGAGUCGCUCCAGCUCGUCCCACCGGCCCGUGUCCCUCCCCAAAGCUGUUUCCAGCGAGUACCUCUCCAGCGGGAGGGUCGGCCCCUCCAGAUCCCCCAUGCUCUUCAAGGCCGACUCAGAGGAGCUGCUCCCGUUCACGCGGGUCAAGCACUCCCCCAAGUCCCAUGACGUGGGUGCCAGCAACUCCAACUCCAACUCCAAGGAGAGCUUCUUGAAGCGAUUCGGCGAGCCCCACGCCAAGCAGGACAAUGCAUUCUGCAUCACUGUGAUCACCUGGAACGUCGGCACAGCCAUGCCCCCCAGUGACGUGACGUCCCUCCUGCAUCUCAACACGGGGGAGUCCAGCGACACAGACCUCAUCGUAAUUGGGCUGCAGGAGGUGAACUCGAUGAUCAGCAAGAGGCUAAAGGAUGCCCUCUUCACAGACCAGUGGAGCGAGCUGUUCAUGGAGGUGCUGAGCCCGUUUAAUUUUGUCCUGGUGAGCACGGUGCGGAUGCAGGGAGUCAUCCUGAUGGUCUUUGCCAAGUACUACCACCUGCCCUUCCUGCAGGACAUCCAGACGGAUUGCACCCGGACGGGCCUGGGGGGAUACUGGGGCAACAAGGGUGGGGUGAGUGUGCGCCUGUCCAUCUUCGGGCACAUGGUGUGCUUCCUGAACUGCCACCUGCCGGCACACAUGGAGAAGGCCGAGCAGCGCCGAGAGGACUUCACCACCAUCCUGCACCUGCAGCAGUUCGAGGGGCCGUCAGCUAGCGGGAUCCUGGACCACGACCUUGUCUUCUGGUUCGGGGAUCUCAACUUCCGCAUCGACAGCCUGGACAUCCGGUUUGUGAAGUAUGCCAUCGACAACAACAUCCUGCACCAGCUCUGGGAGAAGGACCAGCUGAACAUCGCCAAGAGCUCAUGGCCCAUCCUGAAAGGCUUCCAGGAGGGAUCCCUGAACUUCCCCCCAACCUUCAAGUUCGACGUGGGAACCAACAUGUAUGACACCAGCGCCAAGAAGCGGAAGCCAGCAUGGACAGACCGGAUCCUGUGGAAGAUUAAAGGCUCGGGCGCCGUGACACAUCCGGGCAGGUCCAGCUGCGGCGUCCUGGCAGUAACGCAGCUUUGCUACUGCAGCCACAUGGAGUACACCGUGAGCGACCACAAGCCCGUGGUCUCCAUCUUCGCUGUGCAGUUUGCUUCCAGGGCUGAAGUGCCUCUGGUGGAACUCCAAGUGGCUGACGAGUGGACGAAAACGGAGCAAGCUGUCGUCAGGUACAAGAUCUCUUCGGCUUAUCACCGCAGCUCCUGGGACUGGAUUGCCCUUUACCGGGUGGGCUUCCGGCAUUGUAAGGACUACGUCGCCUACAUGUGGGCAAAGCAGGAAGACACCGAAAGCAACAUCUACCAGCUGAUGUUUCCGGAGGAGUCUCUGCCCAAGGGGAAAGGCGACUACAUCCUGGGCUACUACAGCAACAACUGCAACUGCAUGGUGGGGGUGACGGAGCCCUUCCAGAUCUCGCUCCCCACCUCGGAGCGCGCCAGCAGCCCCACGGACAGCUCGAGCUCCUCCGAGGAGGACGACGACAGCACCCUGGUGCUCCUGGGCCCCAAGUCGCGCAGCCCCAGCCCCGGGAAGAUGAAGCCGCAGCGCAGCCGCAGCCCGAGCCUGGCCAUGUUCCAGGAGCUCAUCACGCGCUCGUCCAGCCGGGACCAGGGCGCCAGCCGCAGCCCCUCGCCGAAGGGCCGCCGCGCCGCAGCCGCAGCCGGAGCCGGAGCCGGCGCCCUGCUGAAGGGCGAGAUCCCCAGCAUCCACUUCUCCAAGGACAGCGCCCGGCGCCGCUCCAAGUCGCGCGAGCCGGCGCCCGGCAGGGAGAGCGGCGCGGGGCCGCGCGGCCCGGCGGGCUGGUGCUUCGACGAGAGCGGCGUGGGCCGGGCCGACCCGCGCAGCCUGGGCCUGCUGCCGGCCGUGCGCCUGGAGACCCUCGACCAGGCCCUCAGCCACCGGCGCGAGAGCUCGGACCAGGGCCCGCCCUCGCGCAGGAUGAGCCCCACGAGCCCCACGGCCGGGCUCAGCGCCCUCUUCGGGACCUCCCCGCAGGAGGCGGCGCCCCAGGACCCCCACGGCCCCAGCACGCACGGCCGCGACGCGGGACUCUGA